CUGCCUGACUGACUGAUUUCUUUCUCUUCUUUUUUACUUCUUUUUUUCAUGCCAUACAUGCUAAAGCCAGGCUUUACAGGUUUUGAGGCCAGAGGAGGUGAUUUUUUUCCCAAAAUCACCUUCACCUAGGUGAAGGUGAAAGUGAAAGCAUUUGGAUUACAUACACUGCCUGGGCAGGCCAGCGUUCCUUAGAACUGCGUCAACUACGAAAACUGUUUCACAGUGGCGGCCGAGGGCCAGACGACAGCUUCAUGGCAGAGACGGGACAAGGCAACGCCAAGGCAGAUGAGGCUAAGAGUCCGGAGGGUAAGGGGGUCGCCCCUGACCUUGAGAAGACCGAAAACGGGGAAGCGCAGGCCGACGGCACAGGAAAGAGGGAGAAGAAAAUGGGGAAGAUGAUGUCCUUUAGAGAAAGCAUGCGGCUGAUAAAGGAGAAGAGCCCCCUGACCUCAAACAACAGGUCGUCGAAGGAAAUACUCAACACUGAGAGGGCACUGGAGCGGAGUAAUUCUGCAAGUACCCCUGAAAAGGACACACCGGCACCCGCUUCCCCAAGGCCGAGCCCUGGGUCACCAAUGCUCUCUCCUGUAAAGGCCCUGAUGGGGGUCUUUAAGAAGGAAGGGGACAGUGCUGAGGGUUCACCACAGACCCGCAAGACUCAUGGUCACUCCAGGUCUCAAUCAGAUCCCACGCUUGCAGUAAGCAAUGUACCGUCCAAGUCAGGGAUCAGGCGCAGUUUGUGGCUGAGCAAGAAGGAAAAGGUGCCUAAACAGGAGCCGCUGCAGCCUGUCAGUGAGGUUGCGAGUGAGAAGUCUCUGGAGACGGCUGGGGUGGAGGAGACAUAUACAAUCCCAGAGAUCCCCCUCACACCUCUGUCAGUUAUGCAGAUCAACAAACUGAUCGAGAUGGAGGUGCUGGAGGAGGCCCACCUGAACCUGCUCUCCCUGCGGGAGGAGCUGAGGAGGGAGCAGGAAGCCGGUGGUGACGCGGCCUCCACUAUGGAUCUGGUAAACAAACAGAAAGACCUGGACCUCCUCUACCGCGCCCUGCGGGACAAGGUGAAGGACAUCGUCAGGGACUCCAGCAAGCUGCCGUCGCGCAACAAGGAGCUGCUGGUGCACGUGGCCCGCAUCAUCCAGGAGGAGGAGAAGAGGGAGGGGAGUUCUGGCAGCGGGCAGGGGGGCUGGAUGGACACCUGGAAGGAAGCGGUGCUGGAAGGGGUGCGGGCCAAAAUCGGGAGCGUGCAUCUGGACAGCAGGGAGCAGAACACCUCCUGGCUGGCUGUCCACCUAGGCCUGCUCGGCACUGCCAUCGUGGAGGACCUGGAAAACGUGAAAAAUGAACUGAAGGACUCCUACCCUCCCAGCUUUGAUGUGUUCAACACUUAUGUGGACUGUUAUCAUCAGGCCAUUGCACAGCACCUAAAGAAAAUCCUACAGCUAAAACUGGAUUCAAAAGACCUCUACGCUCUGCUGGACUGGAUCAUCAAUCGCUACGAGAGUGAGAAGAUCAUGGGCAGUGUCACCCUGCAGCCAGACAUGAGGGAAGAUAACAAAGCCCUCUCACUGGAGCACGGUUUCCUGGACCGCAUCAAAACAACCUACUUUGAACGUUUGAAGGAGGACGUAAGAACCAAUUUAGGUAACUUGGUGAAGCUUGAAUGUGAUGACAUGUGGAAAGAGAGGAAGAGACCAAGCAUCGAUGAAGGCUUCUAUCAUUCUGAAAUCCCCAUAGAUAUUUUGACGGUUAUUAAGCCAUAUGUGGUAAAUUCCAAGAGAAUCGACCCAAAUCUGGAGAAGAAGGUUGUGUGUGCCUGUUCCGAGGAGCUGAAAGGGUUUCCCCAAAGGUUUGAGGCAGCGUUCAGACAGCAGAGUGAGACCUGGACUGACCACUCACUACAGGCCGAAUACGAGAUCACCUACAUCAACAGCUUCACUGCCCUGAAGGAGCAGAUGGAGGUGUUCAGAGACAGCAGCCCAGAGCAGGUGGAACAGCUGGGGAAGGAAAUGGAGGCUGUAGUCAGCAGACUGGGCCAGUGUCUGCUGGAGCGGUAUAAAGCAGAAAUCAGGCCCUUCCUCAGAAGAAUGAUGACCAGGAAGUGGCUCUCCACAGAUGAAGACUUCAAAGGCAUCGUGAACAGCACAAAGAGGUUGUCCAAUCUCUGCGGAGGGAUGAAGCCCCCCUAUGUGCAGACAUUUGUGAACGAGGUGCAGUAUUACGUGGUGAAGGAGUACAUCUCUCAGCUGAUGAAAAACAACUAUUCCUGCAAGAACGGUAAGAAUGUGGAUGCAGCAGCCAAGAUGAAGAACCAGUGGGAAGAGCUGCAGGGUCUCUUUGAGGAACUGAAAUCAACAUCUGAUUGGCUCGAGCCCAUUGGAGAGCAUCUGUGUAACAUCAUUGGACAGAAAAACAAAAAGGAGAUAAAGAACAGCCUGCAGCCUCUACUCAGAGACUACCCUGACUUCAGCAAGAAGCACCUGGCGGCCGUGCUGUCCUUCCGGGGGAUGGUGAGGGGCCGGGAGAGGCAGCUGAUUCUGCGCCGGGUCAGGGAGCUGAAGCAGAGCGCGGGGGACUCUGGCGACGUGAGCCGAGCCCUCUUCAGCGACAUGCAGGUCACUGUCAACACAGACUGCCUGGCCAGAGUGCCUUUCUUCUGCCUGCCCCCUUGCCUCUCUGACAGCUAAUUACACGUUUGCGUCUGCACGUGUUCCAGAAUGGAUGUUGAAAUUGGCCAUGAGAAUAAAAAUGGAGGGGAAGCAGGGUGGAGCCCUGAUGGAGGCACCACCAUAAUGUUGUCCACGCCACUUUGUACUGCUGAACCGGAAAAUGUGCGACCGAUAAAGCGUGAUUGGCCUGGUGAUGUGGCACCAUGCUGAAUGUAACUAAAUGUAUGCAGCUGAUGUAUGGCUGCAAAAGGUACUUUCCAGAUUGGGUGCUGUACAAACUGAUUGCUGGAUUGCAUGAACCCCCACCCUGUUUAAAGGGGGGAAUCCCACCCUCACCUGCUAUGGGGCUCCAAAUCUCCAUCGGCUCAUUUUCUUCCACACGGUUCAGCAACCUUCCAAUGUGAAUGUGGGGAAGUUUUCUGAAUACUCCCCCACGAACAGGAAUAUUCCAAGCCUCUUUGAGUGAUUGCUGUCUCUGUCAGUCUGUUUUGUUAAGUGUUUCCAAGGUUCUUUUAUUAAAAAACACUUCACAGAUGAUUCAUAAUUUUGUGUAAAUAUCUCUAAAAGUCUUAAAUAUUUCUUUCAGUGGGCAUAAUAGAGCUCCAAUUCUCUCCUCCUGUGACUAUUUACUUACAGCUGUCACCAUUCCACUUAUGCAUCUGAUUCCUUGUGAUGUGUUGCAAUUAAGAAUCUAUACCCAUCGGAUAACAGUCAUACUAACCAUAUACAUCUAAUAAAACAUGAACAUACAGUUAAGUUCUCGUAGGAUAUGUAGUGUGGCAUAAUUCUAUACACAGACAGGACUUUCCUUCACAAGGAGACAGAAGCAGACUUUUAAUAUGUUAUUCAUAGGUGACACUUUCCAUUAUUGGACUUACAUCACAUUCUAUUACAUGCAUUUAGCAGAUGUGCUUAUCCAGAGCAACUUCCAGUGCCAGAAAACAAGAAGCCCAUACCAACAUGCCUAUGAACAGGAACAUAUCUGUCCAAGAAUAAGCUGUAGGGAUGCACGAUAUUGCUAAGUUAAUCGCUUGUGGUUGACCUGGCAGAAUGACAGGACCUCAGAUGCUAGGCGUUUCCGUAAACACCACCCUACAGGAUAAUGCUUAUCUGUUUACAUCCAUGCUUCAGCCCAUGGUCUUCCCCUUAUUUAUAAUGUAAACUGUAUUAGUAUUAUGCAAAGAAUUUGCUGGGUGUUUACCCUGUAUGCAUGUUUUAAAGACGUAGUGAAAGUUGUCAUGGUUGAUGUACAGGUUGAGGUCAGAGGUUUGGCCAUGGAGCCUUGGGCUGUCUUGAAUUAGGCUGACUUUCUGCAACAAUGACUGCCUUUAUAGUUUGUAGGCUUGCCAGCCACUGCUUGCAUUAAACAUUUUAAUUUAUUUUGUUCAAUACACUAUAGUGUGGUACCAUUGCGAUAGCUGGGGAUGACAGAACUACUAGUUGUGAGAAGAGUAUAUUCAUUACCUUGCCAAAUAGGCUAAAACUUCUAGAAUCAAAAUAGCUGGAAUUAUGCCAAAAUAGAAUAGGCCAUCUCACUGGAGGUUAUUACAUAUGAUACUCUCGCUAUUUCAACUUUUUACAGUUAGCUGAAACGAGAAGACAUUUUCACGCUAAAAAUAUGGCAUAAGGGAAAGGCUAAAACUGGUUUUGUUUCAAGAGUGCAAGAGUACAUGAAAGUGCUUGAGGAGGCCUAAAGUGAAUUAAAUGUAAGAUAUCUCUAAGAUGUUGUGCAUGAAUACAUAUUCUCUUGUCACAAAUGUCUGUCAAAUAUAUUAAAUAUUUUUCAAAGGAAAGCAACUGGAAAACAAUGCUGCUUUUGUUGUUUUUCAUGACAUUAAGGGGAAAAAAAACUUUAGGAGUUCAGGUAAAAUAUGACUUCAUUCCAAGUUACCUUACUUUUUGUUGAUUAGUAUAUGUUCUCUUGUAUGUGUAUUUGGCCUCACAUCUCUGUUAUUCUUAUAUGUCGCUAAUGUGAGUAUAUAUUUCAAACUGCUUGUUUAUUUUUUUUCCACACAACAAAUCUACAUUAAAGGUGAAAUAUGUGGCAGGAGUUGGAAUAUCAGAAUUUGAAGCGCAUUUGUGUUGUUUUCAGCAAGAAUUUUGAAAAGUAAUUUCCUUCAAACUGAAAAUAUUUGGAUACACAUGAGCCUAGCUGUUCUUGACUGGACUAUCAUUCUGAAAUAAACAUUACCUGUCG